GUUCAGUUUUGUAUUCAAUUCUUUGCUCUAAGUCCUACAAACAGAAGCGAGGCAGCACUUACCACCAGCACACAGUAACGCCGUCAGGAUGUGGGUCAUCGCCGUCAUCUCUGCGGCCUGUCUGUUGGUCAGUCCAUCCCUGGCUGGACUCAAAGAGCUCAGCACUCAUUUCGCUGACCCUAAACCGGACCCCAGAGGGUUCGAACCAGAGGGGGCAGUGAAUAUAGAGGUCAUUCCCUUGGAGUUCCACAGGGAAAACACUGUCACCAAUGACCUUGUUUUUGACGGAUUUGAGGAUGAAGAUUAUAUUGAUUUUGAUAAGAUCCUGGCAGCGGGCAGUGAUGACUACACUGAAGGGGAUGAGAUAGAUGACAUUGCCACGCCGGCCCCAGACAUUGAUAUCUUUGCCGAACCUUCCGACCCGAAGAUUCGACGAGCCAGGCUCCUACGGCUGUUCCAUGGUCGGUCUCGCCUUCAACGCCUCAACAUCGCCAAUGCCCAUUUUGGUUUUAAUCUCUACCGAAGUCUUCGUAACGACGUCAACCAGACCGACAACAUCCUGCUGGCACCUGCUGGCAUCUCCAUUGCUAUGGGGAUGAUGUCUUUAGGCGCAGGACCUGGAACUCACGAUCAAAUCUACAAAGCUCUGGGAUUUGCUGACUUUGUCAAUGCCAGCCACCACUAUGAAAACACGACAGUGCACAAGCUCUUCAGGAAGCUUACGCACAGGCUCUUCAGGAGGAACUUUGGUUACACACUACGCUCAGUAAACGAUGUCUACAUAAAGAAGGAUGUCGCGGUGAAAGAUGCUUUCCGUGCAGAGACAAAGGCUUAUUAUUUUGCAGAGCCACAGUCGGUGGACUUCGGGGACCCUGCUUUUCUGGACAAGGCCAACCGUCGCAUCCAAAAGUUGACCAAAGGGCUGAUCAGGGAACCACUUAAGAGCGUGGACCCAAAUAUGGUGCUGAUGCUCCUCAACUACCUGUACUUCAAAGGCACAUGGGAACAAAAAUUCCCCAAAGAAAUGACUCACUAUCGCAACUUUAGAGUCAACGAAAAGACACAUGUGCGCGUGCCAAUGAUGAGCAACAAGGGGAACUAUAUGGCUGCUGCCGACCACGAACUAGAUUGUGACAUCCUCCAGCUCCCAUACACAGGAGAAAUCAGCAUGCUCAUUGCCCUGCCGAGGAAGAUCACUGGCAUGAGGACCUUGGAGCAGGAGAUCUCCCCCACCGUUGUCAACAAGUGGCUCAAAAACAUGACAAACAGGACUCGUGAGAUUGUGUUACCUCGGUUCAAACUGGAGCAGAACUAUGACUUGAUUGCAAAUAUGAAGGAGAUGGGCCUCACUGACUUGUUCCAGGACAGUGGAGAUUUCACUGGAAUGACCUCUGAAAAGGUUGCCAUGAACUGGCUGAAGCACCAAGGAACCAUCACUGUGAACGAAGAGGGGACGGAAGCUGCUGCUCUGACCCAGGUGGGCUUCAUGCCCCUCUCCUCUCAAAUCCGCUUUACUGUGGACCAUCCCUUCCUCUUCCUGAUCUACGAGCACCGCACCGACUGCCUUGUGUUCAUGGGUCGGGUGGUGAAUCCCUCACAGAGCUAAAUUUUAACAAACAGCUAAACCUCUCACUGCAAAUUCCAUCUUUGGUUAGAACUUAGGUUUUGUUGGUUUCAAUACUCAAUUAUUUUCAUUGGUACAAAAUGUAAAAUGUAACAAGUAAUGACGUUUUCUGUGUAGUUUGUCUCUUACUGAACAUUUCAAAAUCUCUUUCAUUGGAACCAAAGUGCUGAGUUAAUGGGAGUGACUCAAUGAAUGCUUGUUAUCUGUCUGUUAAUGUUUUAUCUUUUGCAGUGAGUGAGGGUAGUGGAGAAGUGUGCUCUAAAAGAAAAUAUAAAUAUAUACAGAUUACAUAACUGUCAUUACCCUCAUGCUGUACUGUAAUAAUUGCAGAAAAACCAUGGAGGAAUUUUAUUAUCAACAAAGGAGAUAAUAAAAUAAUAUAUAACACAAAUGUA